GAGCGGGCUGACCGUAACCACUUCCUGAGGCAGGAGAGGAGGAGGGCCUGGUGUGCAGAGAAGGCCCGAGGCCCGGCCCCACUUAGGGAGUUGCUGUGAGACCCACACAGCGGUGGGCAGCCCCUCCUUCCAGGUGCUGGGCUGCUGGUCCUGGGCAGUGGAGCCCUGUGGUUCGACACACAGCUCUGCUGCCUUAGACAGAUGGGCUGAAGCAGGUCUAACCAUGUCUCGUUUAAUGCUCUUGUUUGGAUACAGAUAUCGGAGUCACGGUAGCUUUCGCCCCGAGGAGACCAGAAAGGGGAUGUUUGGACUGAAGCUGAAGAAGAAGAAAAAGAAUAAAGCAGAGAAGGGGCUGAUCUUGGCCAACAAGGCUGCACAAGAUGGCCAAAGCGACACAGAAGCAUUGCAGGAGGGACCGUCUCAUCAGGAGGGAUCACAAGGAGAUCUGAUCCAUGAUGAUGUGUCCAUCACUCCUGCCCUGUCAGCUCCUCCGGAGAGAAGAUCGAAACUGCUGACUAAGAUCCAUGAUGGGGAAGUCAAAUCCCAAAGCUAUCAAAUUUCCAUAACCAUCAUCGAGGCCCGCCAGCUGGUGGGCGAGAACAUCGACCCAGUUGUGACCAUUGAAAUCGGGGACGAGAAGAAGCAAAGCACAGUGAAGGAAGGAACCAACAGCCCGUUUUACAAUGAGUACUUUGUCUUCGACUUCAUUGGGCCCCAAGUGCAUCUCUUUGACAAGAUCAUCAAAAUCUCAGUCUUCCACCACAAGCUGCUAGGAAACGUUCUGAUUGGCUCCUUCAAAGUAGACCUGGGAACUGUGUAUAACCAGCCUGGCCAUCAGUUCUGUGACAAGUGGGCACUGCUCACCGACCCUGGUGACAUCAGGACCGGCGCCAAGGGUUACCUGAAGUGUGACAUCCAUGUGACCGGCAAAGGCGACACCCUGCAGACCAACCCUAAAGCCUCCGACGCUGAGGAGCAAAUAGAAAAGAACCUUCUGAUCCCACAAGGUUUUCCAUCAGAGAGGCCCUGGGCCAGAUUCUAUGUGAGGCUCUACAGAGCAGAAGGACUGCCCAAGAUGAACUCCAGCAUCAUGGCGAAUGUCACCAAAGCCUUUGUGGGCGACAGCAAGGACCUGGUGGACCCCUUCGUGGAGGUCUCCUUUGCUGGGCAGACGGGUCGAACCACGGUGCAAAAGAACUGUGCUGAUCCUAUCUGGCAUGAACAGGUCAUCUUCAAGGAAAUGUUCCCUCCCCUGUGUCGGAGGGUGAAAAUCCAGGUGUGGGAUGAGGGCAGCAUGAAUGACGUGGCCCUGGCAACCCAUUUCAUCGACCUGAAGACAAUCUCCAAUGAGCAGGAUGGAGAUAAAGGCUUCCUCCCGACCUUCGGACCUGCCUGGAUUAACCUGUACGGCUCCCCCAGGAACCACAGUCUGAUGGACGACUACCAGGACCUGAAUGAAGGCUUUGGGGAAGGAGUGUCAUUCAGGGGCAGGAUCUUGGUAGAAAUUGCUGUGGAAAUCCUCUCGGGAGGGGCCCAGGAGUCUAAAUUCUCCAAAGCCAUGAAGAACCUCAAGUUGACUUCCAAGGACAAAGAUUCCAAAUCAUCCAAAGGCUCGAGUAAGGACAAGGCUGAGAAAGCUGAUGAUGGAAAAUCCCAGCAGGCUUCGGACAGAACGAACUCAACUGAGGUUGAGGUGGAGCCCUUCGAAGUGGCCCCGGAGAUUAUACCAGAAAAGUAUGAGGAAUUUUUACUCUUUGGAGCUUUUUUUGAAGCUACCAUGAUUGACCGAAAAAUUGGCGAUAAACCCAUCAGCUUCGAAGUUUCUAUUGGUAAUUUUGGGAACCUGAUCGAUGGAGGGUCCCACCAUGGGAGCAAGAAGAAAUCAGCGGAAUCAGUGGAGGAGGAGGACAUCCUGCCGCUGCUUCACGAAGGAGCAGGGGAUGCAGCUCAUGAGGCUCCCAUCUCUAUGUCUCCCACCACAUGCCCCGAGAAGCCUCUGGUGACUGAAGGGAACAGGAAUUACAACUAUUUGCCAUUUGAGGCCAAGAAGCCCUGUGUCUCCUUCAUCAGUUCCUGGGGAGACCAGACCUUCAGGCUGCACUGGUCUAACAUGCUGGAGAAGAUGGCAGACCUCUUGGUAGAAGGUAUAGAGGAAGUGAGAGAACUGAUCAAGGCUUCUGAGGAGGCACCGGAAGAGAACAUGAAGGCUGUAUUGAGUGACUUCAUCAGUCAAAGCAGUGCCUUUAUCUCCGAAGCAGAAAAAAAGCCUAAGACGCUGAACCAAACCACUCUAGAUAAGAAGCGACUCACACUCUGCUGGCAGGAGCUGGAAGCGAUGUCCAAGGAUGCCAAGGCGAUGGUUCAGCAGCAGAAGAAAAAGUUCUCUCUGGAUGAAAUGAUCCAGGAAGCCCAAGACUUUGUGGGGAAAAUCCGCUUUCUGGUUGAUGAGCCGCAGCACACCAUCCCCGAUGUCUUCAUCUGGAUGCUGAGCAACAACAAGAGAGUGGCAUACGCCCGCGUCGCUGCCAAAGACCUACUCUACUCCCCCGUCAGGGAGCAGAAGGGCAAACACUGUGGGAAGAUCAAAACUCAUUUCCUCAAACUCCCUGGGAAACGUCUGGCCGGGUGGUCCGUGCAGGCCAAAGUGGACGUGUACCUGUGGCUGGGCUCCACCAGGUUCUCUGGCACCAUGUUGGGCAACCUGCCUGAAGGCUACGAAGCAGAAAUGCCCUCCAAAGCAGCUGGCGCUCAUCACCCUCCAUCCAACCUGCUCUACCAAGCCCAGCACGUCUUCCAGCUGAGGGCGCACAUGUACCAAGCCCGGGGCCUCAUUGCCGCAGACAGCAAUGGACUUUCUGACCCUUUUGCCAGAGUCACAUUCCUGUCCCAGUGCCAGACCACAAAGGUCAUUUCCCAGACUCUGUCCCCAACGUGGAACCAGAUGCUGCUGUUCAACGAAGUGGUGCUGCACGGAGACGAGAGGGAGUUGGCCGAGGCCCCACCGCUGGUGGUGGUGGAGCUGUAUGACAGCGAUGCUGUGGGGAAGCCAGAAUAUUUGGGUGCCACAGUGGCUGCCCCCAUUGUGACACUGGCUGACCAGGACUAUGAGCCUCCCCAGCUGUGCUAUCAUCCCGUCUUCUGUGGGACUCUCUCCGGAGGGGACCUCCUCGCAGUGUUCGAGCUGCUGCAGGUCCCUGCUGCUGGGCUGCAAGCACUUCCUCCCAUUGACACUCCGGAUGUCACCCAGAUCUACCCAGUUCCUGCCAACAUCCGGCCUGUGCUGAGUAAAUACCGCGUGGAGGUCCUUUUCUGGGGAGUCCGGGAAAUGAAGAAGGUGCAGCUCCUCUCUGUGGACCGGCCGCAGGUUCUCAUUGAAUGUGGGGGCCGUGGAGUGAAGUCCUGUGUGAUCCAGAGCUACAAGAACAACCCCAACUUCAGCGUCCAGGCAGACACUUUCGAAGUGGAGCUGCCUGAGAACGAGCUCCUGCACCCACCGCUGAGCAUCUGCGUGGUGGACUGGAGAGCUUUCGGGAGGAGCACACUCGUCGGCACUUACACCAUCAACUGUUUGAAGCAGUUUUUGUGUAAACCCAGAGAGCCCCCGGCCCUGACCUCACAGAUGGACGUGGCCCAAGCCAAGCCAGCUAUUUCAGACUCACUAAUGGCAAGUGCGUCUUCUGAACUGCCCAGCUCCUCACAGGACCCCCCGACAGAUCACGUCUAUGUGGAUGUUGAGCCUCCCACAACCGUGGUACCUGACUCUGCCCAGGUGCAGCCAGCCAUCUUGGUCGACAUCCCCGACUCAUCCCCGAUGCUGGAGCCUGAGCACAAACCUGCAGCCCAGGAGACGCCGAAAGAUGGAAAAGUUAAGGAUGUCAGGAAGCCUUCACGGAGAUCCACGAAGAGGAGAAAGAGGACCAUAGCGGAUGAAUCUGCUGAAAAUGUCAUUGACUGGUGGUCUAAGUAUUAUGCCUCCCUGCAGAAAGCACAAAAGGAGAAGGAGAGCGAUCCUAAGGAGAAAAAAGAACACCCAGAGAGCCAGCCAGAUGAGGUAGUGUUAGAAAUAGAAGAUGGGCCAAAGAAGAAGAAAGACAAGAUACUCAAGAAGAAGCCCAAAGACGGCGGAGACGACCGAAUCCCCAACCUGGCUGUGUUGAAGAUAUAUGAUGGUGAUCUCGAGAGUGAAUUCAACAAUUUUGAAGACUGGGUGAAAACCUUCAAGCUCUUCAGAGGCAAAUCCACAGAGGAUGACCAUGGUCUGGAUGGAGAUCGCAGCAUAGGAAAGUUCAAGGGCUCCUUCUGCAUCUACAAAAGCCCCGAGGAGUCCAGCUCUGAGGACAAGGGGCAGCUGAGAAUCCAGCAAGGGAUCCCACCCAAUCACCCCGUCCAGGUCCUGAUCAGGGUGUACAUCGUCGCGGCAUUUAAUCUAAGCCCAGCUGAUCCAGAUGGCAAAUCAGAUCCCUACAUUGUGCUCAGACUUGGAAAGACAGAAAUCAAAGACCGGGACAAAUACAUCCCCAAACAGCUAAAUCCAGUAUUUGGAAGGUCAUUUGAGAUCCAGGCCACAUUCCCAAAGGAGUCCCUGCUCUCCAUCCUGAUCUAUGACCAUGACAUGAUUGGGACAGAUGACCUCAUUGGAGAAACCAAGAUUGACCUGGAGAAUCGCUUCUAUAGCAAACACCGGGCCAUCUGUGGUCUGCAGAGCCAGUAUGAAGUAGAAGGAUACAAUGCCUGGAGGGAUACAUCCAAACCCACAGAAGUUCUCACCAAGCUCUGCAGAGAAAAUGGGCUGGAUGUACCCUACUUUAGCCCUGGGAAAAUACAGAUAGGAAGCAAGGUCUUUUCCGGAAAAACAGUCUUCACUGAAGAGGACUCUGAUGAGGCUGUGGAGUCUUAUGAGCACUUGGCCCUCAAGGUCCUGCACUCUUGGGAGGAUGUCCCGGAGGUGGGAUGGAGGCUGGUUCCUGAGCACAUAGAAACACGGCCGCUGUACCACAAGGACAAGCCAGGAAUGGAGCAGGGCCGGCUUCAGAUGUGGGUGGACAUGUUCCCCAAGGAUAUGCCUCAGCCAGGACCUCCUGUUGACAUUUCGCCAAGGAAACCCAAAGGGUAUGAACUGAGGGUGACCAUCUGGAACACUGAAGAUGUCAUUUUAGAGGAUGAGAAUAUCUUUACAGGCCAAAAGUCAAGUGAUAUUUAUGUUAAAGGGUGGCUAAAGGGUUUGGAAGAUGACAAGCAGGAGACAGACGUCCAUUACAACUCCCUGACAGGAGAGGGCAACUUCAACUGGCGCUUCCUGUUUCCGUUUCAGUACCUCCCAGCGGAGAAGCAAAUGGUCAUCACCAAGAGGGAGAACAUCUUCUCCUUGGAGAAGACAGAGUGCAAGACUCCAGCUGUGCUGGUGCUCCAGGUGUGGGAUUUUGAAAGGCUGUCUUCAGAUGACUUCCUGGGCUCCCUGGAGAUGAACCUCAAUAGCUUUCCUCGAGCAGCCAAAUCUGCCAAAGCCUGCGACCUCUCCAAGUUUGAAAAUGCAAGUGAAGAGAACAAGAUCUCUAUAUUCCAGCAAAAGCGUGUGCGUGGCUGGUGGCCUUUUGCUAAAAGCAAAGAGCUCACGGGCAAGGUGGAAGCGGAGUUCCACCUGGUUACAGCAGAAGAAGCCCAGAAGAGUCCUGUGGGGAAAGCCCGGAAGGAGCCGGAGCCCUUGGCCAAGCCCAACCGCCCAGACACCUCCUUCUCCUGGUUCAUGAACCCCUUCAAGUGCCUAUACCAUCUCAUCUGGAGGAAUUUCAAGAAGUACAUCAUCAUCGGCUUCAUCCUCAUCAUCCUCAUCAUCUUCCUGGUCCUCUUCAUCUAUACCUUGCCAGGGGCGAUCAGCCGAAGGAUUGUUGUGGGCUCAUAGGGACGUGGGGGACCUGACCCUCCCUUCUCAUGAAUCCUCUCUUCUUCCUCGUGGGGAACAUCUGAGAACAAGAACCACGUGAAGCACUGUGCUAAGAGGAUAGACCCAAAAGGCCCAAGUGUCAUCCCCAUGUUUAGGGAAAGGCGAUUGUUCCUGGAGAAGAUGGAGAAGAAACAGCCUCUCCCCACUCAACCCCUGCCUCUGUCUUCCAAACUCCAUUUGCCUACAGGUGACUGUUUCACCUUGGGAUAAUCAACCAGGACCUUAAAUUGAUUUAAGUGAAUGUUUUCUUUAUGUAAGUGGUUGUAUUUGGAGAAAUUUAACUCUGGGUCUGAGAUUUUAUUAAAAAUACUUUCUUUUAAACAAAAUUUUAUAGCAAAUAGACUGAAAGUAUUUUAGCAAAUUACUAGAUAUUUAACUCAUCUUAUAUAUUUUAACCAUAUUUAAUCCUUACAGUUUAUAGAGCACAUUCACCCAUUCAGGCUGUGAAACUGGCUUAGCAAAAACAUCUAUAAACCAUCUAAAAUACUUCAUUGUUGAAAUUCCCAUCUAAAGACAAGAUGUUGCCUUUUAUUUUAUUAAAAUCACCACUUGUAGAAUGUGUUCAAUAGCAA